AUGGUCCAAGUCGUCAAGCGCCAGGGCUACAAGCUGCUCAACCUCUGGACCACGGACAAGGCCACGUUCCCCGUCGUCUUCUGCGCCUCCUUCGCCGCCGUGGCUGCCACGGGCAUGUCGCUGCGCUACCUCUUCAUGAACCCCGACGUGUACGUGAACAAGGAGGAGCGCUUCGCCGAGCUGCACCACACGCUGGAGCCGCGCGAGGACCGCGGUUCGUCGUGGCGGCAGUUCCGCUUCCGCAUGGCGAACCUCAAGCGCAACCCGAUCAACCAGUCGCGCCAGUUCGACGACCUCUUCGCCAAGGAGGAGAAUCAGAGCGUCAAGAGAUAG